CUCUCUCUCUCUCUCUCUCUCUCUGCAAAAGGAAUCAGAUUUAUAUUCGAGCAUCGAAACUCUUUCCGUUUGACGGAGGGACUGAAAGAAGCUCGUUUCCACCAGAAUAGUUACAAUAGCAGCAGCAGCACUACCUUGGUGAUCGAGAGAGAGUGAGAUCGGGAGAGAGGGAAGAAAAUUCUCUGUUCAAAAGGCAUCAUGGGACAAGCCUUUCGCAAGCUCUUUGAUACUUUCUUCGGCAACACGGAGAUGAGGGUUGUGAUGCUUGGCCUGGAUGCAGCUGGCAAAACAACUAUACUGUACAAGCUGCACAUUGGAGAAGUUUUAUCAACUGUCCCUACGAUUGGUUUCAAUGUGGAGAAAGUUCAGUAUAAGAAUGUGAUCUUCACGGUGUGGGAUGUGGGUGGGCAAGAGAAACUGAGGCCUCUGUGGAGGCAUUAUUUUAAUAACACGGAUGGACUGAUUUAUGUUGUUGACUCUUUGGAUCGAGAGAGGAUUGGAAAAGCAAAGGCAGAGUUUCAGGCCAUCAUCAGAGAUCCAUUUAUGCUUAACAGUGUCAUCUUGGUGUUUGCCAACAAGCAGGACAUGAAAGGAGCAAUGACACCUAUGGAAGUGUGUGAAGGUCUAGGUCUAUAUGAUCUUAAGAACAGAAAAUGGCACAUACAAGGUACCUGUGCUCUUAGAGGGGAUGGCCUUUACGAAGGCUUGGACUGGUUAGCUAGCACUCUGAAGGAGUUAAAAGCCAGUGGAUAUUCUUCUGUGGGCACAUCAUCCUUCUGAUUAACCAGGUUUACUGUAUACCUCAAGUGUUGUCUGAUGAGGAAAGAUGAACACUAAGCCGCCUACAAAACUGUUGGAAAUGCCUGUAAUUUAGGAUAAUUUUUUCCUUCCGGAUAUCUGUUUCUAAAGCGAAUGAAGUUGGUUAGGUGCUGACUCCUGGGCUUGAUUGGCUUUUUGAUCUGUGACUAUUGUACAUUGGAACAUGGUCCCAACCAUUUGGGAUUAUGUAGAUGGUAGGUAUUUGUGUCUCGAAAUAUAGUACUCUUGAAAUAUAUAGCUCUACAAAAAAGUGGGUGAGUAGAUUUCUCUCUCUCUCUCUCUCAUACGUGUAUGAAAACUGCAAAUUUGAAAGCUAUCAUUCUCAGCUGUGUAUGUUGCUAACCUGUUACAAAAUUUAUGUUUAGGUGGUGAAACCCAAUUUGCGCUGGGGCU